AUGGAGCCUGGUCCAGAUAUGCGGAUCACCUUGGGAUCACCUGCGGGAUCGUGGGAUCACCCGUGGGACCAAACGUUGGAAACCUGCAUAGAGCACUCUCAACCAACCAUCCAAAUCACCAACAGCGAGACGCCCGAUGAAAUGAGGCGCAGUAUCACUUCCAACAUCCCAAAUUCGGGACAGGCGGAACGGCGGGUGACGGCCCGCGCAUGGGGACGUCUGGGGUAG